CAGUUUGAAAGGAAUUUGACCACGGGAACAUAUUUUUUUUGCGCUUUGAAAUCCGGUAAUAUGGCUAAAAUUGUGUGACAAGGGACUGGGUCGAGUGACGUCAAGGGGUUGACAAACGCGACCAGGGCACAAGUGACAUAUGUGAAAAUACUUGAAAACACUAGCAAGUUGGGUUUGUUGCUGUUUGGUUUGAUCCGGUUCCAACGCUUGCAAUGUCUGAUACUGAUGAUUCUGCUUCAUCACGAGCCAGUGGGGAAUCGGAGGUGGAAAGUGAAGCCGAAAACUUUGUUGAUAAUAUAUUUCAACCGUACCAACACGAACCUCUGGCGUCCCAAGAUGAGUACGAAAAUGACGAAAACGAUGAACACGACGAAGAUGGGAUUCCUUAUGCUACGUUAGAAGCCAGAGUUGAGAACAGAGAUCCAGUAAGCAAUUGGUGCAAAUGUGGACAUUGCAAUGUGGAAAAUGUUCUCGUUUCGCGAGAAUUUCGAUGC